AUGGAUAUUCAGCACAAGCUCGAUGCCGUGGCAGCUUUGACCCUGGGCAAAGACAUGUGUUGGAGAGACUACGUCCAAGGAGCAUACCGCAUGAGAGGAAUCGGCCGUGGACAGCGAAUCUGCCUCUAUGUCAUCCCAGAGGUCGUCGAACUGAUCAGCCGGGACCUCCACCUCGCCGGCAUCGAAGAGGCCCUACGCGGCCCUUCCAAGGAGCCCUGGACGCAGAGCGAGAAGGGCAGGCUGCUGGCAGUGGCAGCGUGGCUCUUGGUGAACUCCAUUCGCACUGAGCGCAUCCAGUUUGCGAUGCUGCAGCUGCAGAACUUGGCGAACGUUUGGCGCCGGAACGCCUUCAAGGGUGUGAUGAAAGACUUCGAAAUGGUCACCGCAGAUGGUCUCAAAGAGGCAGUUCAAGUGUUCAAGGAGCCCAUUGCUUUCACUUUGCCCAGCGGCGUGCCGCGUCCAAGGGGUGUACACGAGGUGGUCGAGGACCGCGUGGAACAGAUGUCUGCUCUCAUCGCGGAUCAGGAGGACCAGGACGCGGUGGCCGAGGUGAAGAACAAUGUUCAGGAGCUGUCCAAGCUGGCAGAUGAGAAGGAAGGCGAAGCCGGACUUGAGACGGAGCAGCAGCGGGAGCAAGAGCAGGAGAGGCAGCAAGAGCAGGAGCAAGAGGAGGAGAAGGAGCAGGAGAUUGAGAUUGAGAAGUUCGUCGAUCUCAUGCAUUGCCGUGACGAUGAGGAGCCUGAGAGUUGGCCCUUGGCUACACUUCAGGCAGAGGAGAAGGCCAAGCAGUUUUACGAGGCGCAGCGCUUCAAACUGUGGAAGCGCCGGCCCUUGGACAACCUGCCCUUGGCUUAG